CCAGCUAAGAUUGAGCUAGCUAUUCUCUACACAUUUAAUUCUCUCUCCCUCUCUCUCUCUCUCUCUCUCUCUCUUUUCUGAGUCACAAAAUAUUGUUUUUGUACAAACAUUAACACCAUGGCAGAUGUCCUGAGUGAAGAACAGAUUGGUGAGAUCAAAGAAGCCUUUGGCUUGUUUGACAAAGAUGGAGAUGGGUGCAUUACUGUGGAAGAAUUGGCCACUGUUAUUCGGUCAUUGGAUCAGAACCCCACAGAAGAAGAGCUCCAAGACAUGAUAAACGAGGUCGAUACAGAUGGCAAUGGAACCAUUGAAUUUGUUGAGUUUUUGAACUUAAUGGCCAAGAAAAUGAAGGAAACUGAUGCAGAGGAAGAUCUCAAAGAGGCUUUCAAGGUGUUUGACAAGGAUCAAAAUGGCUACAUUUCAGCAAGUGAGUUGAGGCACGUUAUGAUCAAUCUGGGUGAAAAACUAACUGAUGAAGAGGUGGAGCAGAUGAUUAAAGAAGCUGAUUUGGAUGGUGAUGGUCAAGUUGACUAUGAUGAAUUUGUCAAGAUGAUGAUGAUUAUUGGAUGAAAAUUUAAACCAACAAAUUUAUUGUUCGAAUUCGUUUUUGUGCCCCACUCUCAUUUACUCCCAAGAAAUUAAUAAGUCUUCCAAUUAAUGUUUGUUGUAUUUAACUUGUACACAUGAUGUGAAUGACCAAUGUAUUAGAGUGACAUCUCAGCCACCCAUUUCAUGUUCAAACUUCAACCCAUAAUUAUUCUUUCAGUUUUAGUUUAGUAUUCCUUAUGUUUUACAAUUAAUUAGAGUAAAUUUAUUCAAGAACCGUUGAAAUUAGACUCUUUCUUUCUUGAAACAUUAAUGUAUGCUACAAUUUUAUUUUAUUU